AUGAGUUCAUCCCACCACGAAAAGAAACAACCCCGCUCUUUACAACAUCGUACGCCCACCGCCAACACCAAAUCGCCCAUCGCAACACCACCACGCGCCGCACUCGGGAGAUCUAAGAUUGAUCAUGGCGAUAACGCAUCAAUCAAGAGCGUCGCAACGGUAGAUAGCACAGCUCCACCGAAUGGAAAUGAAGAUUCAGAUGGCGAGCUCGAAAGCGAUAGGAAAAAGAUCUCGGAAUUGGAGAAGGAAGUGGAAACCAUGGCCAGCGAAUUCGAACGCGAACUCACGCAAUUAAGUCACAAAGUGACCAACGAGCGCGAAUCCUCCCAGUUCUGGCAGCAAAAACAUACCGCCCUCCAUCAAAGGUUUCUGGAUACAGAUACAUCCUUACGACUCCUCCGGUCUGAAGUCGCGACGCUUCAGACCGCACAAGCCGCGAAUGUGGAGAGGGAUCGGGAGAUCAAGACGCGGAUUUCAAGUUUGAUGCUAGAUCGUGAUGGGUUUCGGGAGGCAUAUCAUGAGGCGGUGAAGGAGGUUGGGGAGAAGGAGGAUGAGAUUGCGAUGUUGAGGAAUCAGGUGAGGGGGUUGAAGAGUUGGGUUAGUAAGGGGGGACGAGGGGGGGAGGAACAGGUUAGUGAUGAGGCUGUUGCGGAGGGGUGGGGGAAAUUGGGGAAUGGAUUGCAGAAUUGGGUUAUUGUGCAUUUUCGGAGGGUUAAGAUUGAUACCUCGACCGCAACCCCCGAAACAAAAACCCACCUCACCACCCUCCUACCAAACCACGCCUCCCUCCCGGCAACCUGCAAAAUCCACCUCAUCCAAUCCCUCCUCUCCCACCUCCUCCUAACCCACAUCUUCUCCGCCUACUUCCCCGGCCUGCCCACCCCUCACGCCGCCUCUCUCGAAUCCCUAGAAACCUACCUCUCCACCUUCGGCCCCCCAGAAACCCUCAACGCCUGGCGCGCCCAAACACUCUCGCUCCUCCGUCGCGCACCGCCUGAGAGUGAUGCUCUGACUAGCAGCCUCACGGCGGAGCUAAAUACGCUUUUGCAUGCCCUAACAUCUCUCCCCAGCACCCCAGCACGAGACGCCUCUCUCCUCCCGCUUCUACACUCCGCUAUCACCCUUACGCAGUUGCUGCGCAGUCAAAAAGCAAGGUUUGAGAUUCACAUGCCUGCGAUAGCAGCAUCCGCUGGUGACGCUACGAAGGGAGGUGAUAGCAUGGAAUUCGAUCCCGAGACUAUGGAAGAUGUAGGGGGCUCUGAAGACGAAGGGGGUGAGAGGGAGGUUAAAUUGGUUGUCUGGCCGGGCGUCAUCAAAUACGGGGAUGAGAAUGGGGAGAGAGUCGACUUACGGAAUGUGGUUUGUCGGGUUAGGGUGUUGUGUGGUGAGGGAUGA